GAAAACGACCAAGGGCGUGGUGACCCUCACGCUUCACUCCUAUCAUUCUAAGCACACUGCCAUUAUUCAAGCCCACGUCCUCAAAACACUAACGACCAUUCUACCAUCUUUUACAGCACCUCAACAAACGUGGCCACACAUAGAACCUCUGACAUUGACAGACCCACAGUUCCUCACGCCACGCUCAAUCGACAUCAUCAUUGGAGCUGAUGCAUACGGGCAGAUUAUCAAGCCUAACAUCAUUAAACGAUCUCCUGACAUGCCCAUCGCUCAACUCUCAAUAUUUGGUUGGCUAGUGCUUAGUCCAGUCAGCUUGUCACCACUACAGAUGUCGACUGCGCAUCACAUCAAGGUUAAACAGUACGAUCUCGAUCUUCAAGAAUUGCUGACAAGGUUCUGGGUGCAAGAAGAGCUACCAACUGAUGCAACCGACCAGCUUACCUUGGAAGAACAACAAUGUGAAGAUCAUUACAAGGCCACACACUCUAGAGAUCCAACGGGACGAUACAUUGUACGCAUCCCGCUCAAGCUUCCAACCAGUUUCUUAGGGAAUUCACAUAGUACUGCUCACCAUUGUCUCCAGCGCAUUCUCAGACGACUCAACAAGGGUAAGGAAUAUCAGAGCCUCUACACCAAAUUCAUGAACGAGUAUGAACAACUCAAGCACAUGGUGAAAGUUGGAUCACAACCAUCAUCCGAUGUUCCGCCAUAUUAUUGUAUUUGCCUCACCAUGGUGUGCUCAAACCCGACAGUACAACAACAAAACUGCGGGUUGUCUUUAAUGGCUCAAGUCCGACCUCAUCAGGAUUAUCUUUACAGGUACAUCUUUGCCACAGACAUAACAAAGAUGUAUCGACAAAUCAAGGUACACCACUCAGACUGGGAUCUGCAGCGCAUUCUGUGGAUCGACGAACAUCACAAUGAAACAUCAUAUCAUCUCACCACGGUCACUUAUGGAACGAAGGCUGCUCCAUUUCUCGCAGUAAGGACACUCAUGCAACUGGCCGAAGAUGAAGGCCAUCGAUUUCCACUGGCAGUGCCAUCAAUCACUCGUGGGAGGUACGUGGAUGAUAUUUUUGGUGGUGGUGACACAGGAGAACAGCUCAUAGAAAUUGCCCAUCAAUUAGAAGAUCUCUGCCAGGCGGGCGGAUUUUCUCUUGCCAAAUGGCACUCCAAUCAUCCAGAAUUGUUAAACGCCAUCUCAUUGACAGGCUCGAUCAACUCACCAGUCUCACUUGACGAUUGCGCAACCAAAAUCCUCGGAUUAAAGUGGCUGCCUCAAGAAGAUGUUUUUACAUUCUCAACAAGCUCAAUUUCUCACCAAGAACAGUUCACCAAGCGACGUGUACUAUCUGAAGUGGCACAGAUAUUUGAUCCACUUGGUUUUGUCUCACCAAUCGUAAUAAGAGCCAAGAUGCUUCUUCAAGAACUCUGGCUCCACAAGAUCAACUGGGAUGAACCGUUACCAUCUCAAGUUGUCUCACAGUGA